UGGGUUUCGUUUUCCCAAACAAACGAAGAAAUGACUCUCUCUCUCCACUUCUCACGUUUUGGCCCCCUUUUGGGCUUCUUCUUUCCAUUAUUAAAAUGUUUCAUUCCAUGUUUCUAUUCAAACCCUAUUUCUCCAUUCUUUUUAUUCUUAAUCUCCUCCUAUUUUACAAACUAAAAAAGAUUCUUAUUCUUCAAUAUCCAUCCGUGGCUUCAGCUUCAACUUUACUGGAUGGAUGCAUUUACAGCUGCAUUGCAUAAUUCACGUCAGCCCUUUUUCUCUUCUUCUUUUUAUUUUGCUUUGCAUAAUUCAUAUUGAUCAAAGAUGUGGGGCACCGCAGUACCCUAUUCUAACUUCACCACACUGUCGCUCUUGGUUUGGGGGUCUGUCUGUCAAUGAGUUGCUAAUGAAUGAUCUCUCUCUCUCUCUUCCCAGCCACUCUAGUCUACUUGUAAAUGCAGCGCUCUGUUUUUCAUGGGCAAGAAGGGAGGAUCCUCGUGGUUGACGGCCGUCAAAAGGGCUUUUAGAUCUCCUUCAAAAGAUGAAGAUCACAAGAAAACAGAAAAGCGAAGAUGGGGUUUUAGGCGAUCUACGAAUCCGCACGACCCGGUCACCCACCAAACGCCCUCCAACCCAUCCUCCGACGCGGCGCUUGCUGCGGCGGUGGCCACUGCCGAAGCUGCAAUGGCCACCGCCCAAGCGGCUGUACAGGUUGCUCGCCUCACCACCAGCACCAGGCCUUCCAAUCACGCCAGAGACUACUACGCUGCAAUUCUCAUUCAGACUGCUUUUAGAGGAUACCUGGCAAGGAGGGCUCUGCGUGCGCUCAAGGGGCUCGUAAAGUUGCAGGCUCUGGUGAGAGGUCACAAUGUCAGGAAACAAGCUAAGAUGACCCUCCGAUGCAUGCAAGCUCUGGUUCGAGUGCAGGCCCGUGUGCUCGAUCAGCGGAUGCGACUCUCUCACGAGGGGUCUGGUAAUUCCACACUCAGCGACCCUAGUACCGCCCUCGGAUCCCGUUACCUUCAAUACUUGUCUGACAGGAAGGAGUUUGCAAUGAAACGUGAUAGAAAUCUCUCCCAACAGAUAUGGCGGAGAGGUCGAAGUCCGUCCAUGGGCAGCGGAGAUGAUCUGGAAGAAAGACCCAAGUGGUUGGAUCAAUGGAAUUCAAGGCAGGCAUGGGAAAGCAGGGGAAGAGCUUCAACAGAUCAAAGAGAUCCAAUCAAAACAGUGGAAAUCGACACCUUCCAGCCUUACACUCGUACAUCCUCCAACUUCCGAAGAAUGGCCCAAAAUCUACAAAGAACAAACCCGCAUUCGGGCAGUUCCCCACUUAACCGGAUGCAACAAAACGUAUACUCUUUCCACCAGUCACCGGCCACACCCUCCCCAUCUAAAACCAGGCCUAUGCUGCAAGUCCGGUCUGCAAGCCCGCGUUUCGUUAGAGAAGACAAAAGCGACAAUACAUCCCAAACACCGAGCUUAAGGUCAAACUAUUACUACAGUGGGAAUUUGGUCCAACAAGGGAGGAGUGGGGCGAGUAGCAGUUAUGGUGGUGAAGGCAAUUGUUUGCCCAAUUACAUGGCGGCCACGGAGUCUGCAAAGGCACGAUUGCGGUCGCAGAGCGCACCAAGGCAAAGGGCAUCAACGCCGGAGAGGGAGAGGGAGAAGGGAGGAGUUGGGUGUGCGAAGAAACGGCUGUCAUUCCCAGUUGCGGAUCCAAUUGGGCAUGGAGUUUUGAGGAGUCCAAGUUUCAAGAGCGUGAGCGGGACGUACUUGGGGAUGGAGCAGCAAUCUAACUAUUCUUCCUGCUGUACUGAGAGCCUAGGCGGAGAGAUUUCCCCAUCGUCAACCUCGGAUCUAAGAAGGUGGCUAAGGUGAUAGAUGAAAAAACUUUGAAUGCAUUUUAGGAUGAUUAAAAUCAUUUAUCUACUGAAACAUAAUUCUUAUAAUUCUCCUAACCCCCAGAACAGAGUUUCCCAGGAAUAGUAUGUAACAUUAUUUAACCAAGAGUCUCAAGACUUUGUUGUUGUCUCAAAUUGGCCAAAUUGGUCCACAUAUAAAUAUGCUUUGUUUGACCUGAACAGAUCGUGGGAUUUGGAAAUUGUUUAGUAAUUUUCAGUGUUAAAAACUGAUUCUUGUAUUUGGUCCAACAGAAACGUGGUGUGUUUUAAUUGUGUUUCUAUUGUUACAAUAAUCAUACAACUAAAUUGAUAUUUUGAUGUGA